AUGGGUGCUUGUAAGAAGUUGCAGAGAAAAGGGAGUCUGGGUGCAACAGAUCGAGUACCAAAUAAGUGCGCGCCCUCAUUGACACAAGUAGACGAUGUGGACUCCGAGGAGGCGCCACUUCUUCGAAAGGAAGCCAGUAGCGGCUCUGAAGACUCUUAUUCUACUUCCAACUCUCGGACAAUCAACAGUCAGAAAACGAACUGGAGAUGGUUUGUUCAAAGCACUGCUAGAGUCCUAGGGGCCUUGUUGCUUACGAUUUUGAUCGUUGUCGCUUGCCUGGUUUUCACCGUUUUCUCAUCGAAAAAGCGAAUUCUUCAGCAAAGUACGUGCGAUUCCCCAGCAUGCGUACAUGCUGCCUCCGAGAUUUUAUACAACCUAUCUCCCAAAUAUCAAGAGCUUGAUGCGUGCUCGAAUUUCGAGGAAUUGGUUUGCGGGGGGUGGAGAGAUCACCAUGAUUUGAGACCCGAUCAAGGAGAUGCCUUUACAGGAACAAUCAUGAGUGAGAAUUCACAAACUUUACUGAGGCAUAUACUCGAGGGAGAAUAUCCCAAAGAGUCUAGACACUCGAGCUUCUCUCCAGCCAUGCUAUCAUCAGCUCCUGCUGACCUGGACGAAGAGAAUUUUGAUAAGCUUACAGCAUGCUACGACGCAUGUAUGAACGAAACGGAGAUUAAGAAUGUCGGAAUUGCCCCAUUGCAAAAGUUAACCCACCAAGUGACAGAUAUGUUUUCAGUACCGAUAGAUGAUUUGCAACACUCACUUCUAAAGUCAGAGGAUCACGGUAGUCUUACAGAUACUAUAGAAUAUGUGGCAAGAUUGGGGUCUUCGGCACUUAUAUCAUCUGGUACUGGACCGGAUGAUAAGGACCCCGACACAGUUGUCAUACAGGUAUCACCACCAUACAGUCUUGGUCUCCCGUCGAAGGAAUAUUACAACAAUGAAAAGGUGGUGAAGGAUUAUACCCAAGUAAUUGCACAAGUCAUUCCGAAGUUUCUGCCACUGCAUCAAAACUCCACAAAACACUCACUUGGGAGUAAUGGUAGGGGUCUCCAUCGUGAGAACAUCGCUGCACAAGACAAAGCUACGGAUCUUGCUCGUAACGUAGUUGUGCUUGAGAAGAAGUUGGCAGCCGCCUCUCCAGAUAAUGAGGAUAGGGACGACGUCACGAAAUACUACAACCCAAUGUCCCUCGAUGAGGCUGACAAGCUAAUCCCACAAAUCCAUUUAUCAAAAUUAAUUCGUCGCUUGGCCCCUGCAGAUGUUCAGCUUGAUCGUUUGAUUAUUGCAUCACCACAUUAUAUGCAUGCUUUAUCAGACAUACUGGACACUACUCCGAAAGAGACCUUACAGACAUAUUUUAUAUGGAAACUCAUCCAGGCGUUCUAUCCGGAUAUCGAAGCAGAUGAGCUAAAGCCAUAUCGACAGUUCAUCAAUGAACUUCAAGGAAAAGCCCCAGAUUCCCAACCUGAACGUUGGAGAACUUGCGUGUCGCAUGUCGAUGAUGGACUCGGCUGGAUUCUGAGUCGAUUCUUCGUGGAAAAGGCUUUCUCUGCUGAGGCCAAGGACUUUGGAAAUCAAAUUGUCUCUGAUAUCAAAGAGAUGUUCAUCGAAAAGCUUAAAGCAACUACUUGGAUGGACUCAAGUGUCAUCGAUUUAGGCAUUGCGAAAGUGCACAAAAUCGUUCAAAAGGUCGGAUAUCCUACAAAGAGUCCGGACAUUAUGGAUCCUCCAUCCCUUCACAAUUAUUAUCAAUCUGUCAAGGUAUCGGAAUCAUCUUACUUCCAGAAUUCCUUGAACAUGAGACGAUUUGAUGUUGCCCGUGAAUGGUCAAGUUUGGGGAGACCAGUCGAUAGAGAUGAAUGGGGUAUGACGGUACCAACCGUGAACGCCUAUUACAAUCCACCAGGUAACGAGAUUGUCUUUCCAGCUGGUAUUAUGCAGUUCCCAGUUUUCGACGUAGCCGUCCCUCAAUAUCUGAGCUAUGGUGCCUUUGGUGCUGUUUCCGGCCACGAACUAUCCCACGCAUUUGAUUCUACGGGUCGUCAUUAUGAUCAAAAUGGCAACUAUACCGAUUGGUGGACGCCAUCGACCGUAGCCGCCUUCAAGGAACGCGCCCAAUGCUUCAUAGAACAGUAUGGCAACUACAGUAUUCCCGGCCCAGAUGGCGAACCUCUCUACGUCAAUGGCAAACUCACACUGGGUGAAAAUAUUGCCGAUGCAGGUGGAUUAUCCGCCUCUUUUGCUGCAUGGAAAAAGCGUCAAGGCGAAAGUAAUGAUAAGAAUGAGAACCUACCAGGAUUAUCUGAGCACUUCACUCAAGAUCAAUUGUUCUUUGUCAGUUAUGCAAAUUGGUGGUGUGGAAAAACUACCAAAGAGACGGCUAUAAAUCGCCUUUACACGGAUCCUCAUGCACCGAAGUGGGCGAGAGUCUUGGGGACAAUGGCUAAUAGUAGGGAAUUUAAGGAGGCUUUCAGUUGUAAGGAGAAAGAACCGGUUUGUGAGUUGUGGUGA